AUUAAACAGCCGUGCUUUCAAGAUAUAAACUUUAUCUCCGUUUCUGUUUUCUAGUUGUUGCACGAUCAGCUUGGAGUUGUGGAUUUUGCGCCAUAUAAAUCUCUCUUUCUUUCGACUUUCUCUCGAUCUCGCGUCGCUUACACAGGAUUGCCUGGCUUGCCCACCAUGUUCGCCUUUCCUCAUAGAAACUGGUAAGCAUAUGCUCCCGCUUUUCAAUGCAUGGCUUAGACAACCUGGGACCGGUUGGAUUGGCCGAUUAGCGCUAAAGGUGGAUUGGACGAUUAGCGCUAACCCAGGGUUAAAAUUUAACCUGCUGUUUUAGUUGCCAUAUAUCUGCACGUCCAUUUAUUUCAAAAUGUCAGAAAAGAAAACUCCUAUUGAUCUAGACAUGAUUUGUGAAGAAAUAUUUCCAAAUUUAAAAACAAGCUGUUAGGAAGUGUACUUUGAAUUUAAGUUAACCUACGGUUAAGCUAAUCGACUUUUGAACAACCGGCCGCAGGCUGUUGCAAUAUACAGGUGUCAGAAGAACAGUUUAGAAGUGAUAGUUAGUUUAGUUUAGGUUUCCUCCUGUAGUAACACUACUGGAUCAAUAAGAGAUGAUCCUUACUGGACCUCUAGGAAAAACAGUUUAAAACUGUUAGAGCUAUCCAGUGUAAAUAUAGUUAGUUUAGUUUAGGUUUCCUCCUGUAGUAACACUGGAUCAAUAAGAGAUGAUCCUUACUGGACCUCUAGGAAGAACAGUUUAGAACUGACAGAGCUAUCCAGUGUAAAUAUAGUUAGUUUAGUUUAGGUUUCCUCCUGUAGUAACACUGGAUCAAUAAGAGAUGAUCCUUACUGGACCUCUAGGAAGAACAGUUUAGAACUGACAGAGCUAUCCAGUAUAAAUAAAGUUUGUUUACAGUAGUUUAGGUUUCCUCCUGUAGUAAUACUGGAUCAAUACGAGGUGGCUCUUACUGGACCUCUAGAAGGAAUAGUUUAGAACUGGCAGAGCUAUCUAUUAUAAAUAAAUAAUUAAAGUUAGUUUGGUUUAGGUUUCCCCCUGUAGUAACAGUUUUAGUUCAUAUAAAUCGUUUUAAAACUGAAUUUUAAUGUCUAUUUUGUUGUUAUACAGGAAAGAAGCUGGAGCCCGCGCUGGUCUUCCUGCUGUUGGUGUUAAACUGAACACACUUGUACAGCGGCUUCAGAUUGCGUACCAACUAACUACAGGCGGGAAAUUCCAGGAGGCUGCGGUGAAAUUCCAAGAUAUCUUGCUUCAUGUUACAUUACUUGUAGUGGACUCUAAACAAGAUAUCAGUGAGGUAAGAUUAGUAGAGAUGCUUGUAUAUAAUCAUUCAGAUUCUGAACUGUUCUUCCUAGAGGUCCAGUAAGGAUCAUCUCUUAUUGAUCCAGUGUUACUACAGGAGGAAACAUAAACUCAACUAACUUUAUUUAUACUGGAUAGCUCUAUCAGCUCUAAACUGUUCUUCCUAGAGGUCCAGUAAGGAUCAUCUCUUAUUGAUCCAGUGUUGCUACAGGAGGAAACAUAAACUAAACUAACUUUGUUUAUACUGGAUAGCCUUAUCAGUUCUAAAAAGUUAUUUAUAGAAGUCUUGUAAAGACAAUUAAACCUUGUUGGUCUAGUUUUACUGUUUUAGUAUAGAAAGAAAACUAGAUUACCUGGAAUCAAACUGGAAUCAGUCUUCUCGCGUGCUACUGAGAGGAAAUUAUAAUGACAUAUAAUUCCAUCUUAAUUUUCAGGCGCAGCAACUACUCGGAAUCUGUCGAGAAUAUAUCGUUGGGCUGUUGAUGGAAAUUAAACGUAAAACCUUGCCCAAGGUACAGUAGGAAGGUUGUUGACUAUGCCACACUGUACACAAGAAUAAUUUUGUAAAACACAUUAUGACCAUAUUUUCGUGGGUGAAUAAUUUCUUUGUGGGGCAAUUUAAUCGCUUGCAAAUUACUAUCGAGAAUAUCAGCCUACGAGCUGCUAAAUAAUUCUAAAGCAAGUAGCCUUUAAAUUGUGCGCUUUUAAAUAACCACACAAAGGCAGAUUCGCAAUGUUAAAUACCUUGAAACUUAGAAAGUUUCAAAACGUUUCAAAAAUCGGGAAAAAGAGACAUUAGGAAUGGAUAAUAUGGUGAAUUGUUUUUCGUGCAUUUUGAACAUAUUUUUGUCGCUAUCAUUGAGAAUCCUUUCAGGGUUCAGUGUGUGUAUAAAAAGUUAUACACUGCGUAUAAGGAUAGAUAAUCAUGCGAUGGUGCUCGUAGAAUUAGGGAUUAAUAGUACGAGUGAUGUUUGGAAAUUUUGCCAAAAUUGGACGAGCCGCCGGGGCGAGUCCAAUUUGGCAAAUUUCCAAACAUCACGAGUUGUUUAUUAUUAGCAUGACAAAAUUGGAUACUUCUCAAUGUCAACAUCAUAUUCUCUCGCCAAAGCUCAGUCCUGUCAGAUCAACCAAAAUUUGGCGCUUUUGUUCGUAUUUUCAUUUAGCUCUUUUGUUAAAGCAACAUUUGGUGCUUUUGUUCGUAUUUUCAUCUAGUUUCUCUAGGGCAAUUUCAUUUCACUUUUGUAUUUUGUCAAAAUACCUUUCCGCCAUUUUGUUUUGUUUCGGAAAAAUCAUUAAUUGUACAGCAGUACAAUUAAUGAAAUAAUUGUACUCCUCUCAACCAAUCAGCAUCCAGUAAUUUUGACAUGCUAAUAAUGAAAUCGAAUUUCAGCGCGCUAUUGUAUCUGAAUUACUUUCCGUUUGACCAAGAUUUUUUUAUAUUCGGAAAGAUCAGGCUUUUAGCUGUCGAAUGAUUGUUCUUCAUGCCAAAUGGAUAAAAAAAUGAGCAAAUACGAAUCCGAUAAAUCAGAAUCGCAUAUUUUCACCGUUGAGAAUUGGGCCUAAAACCAUUGAAAAUGAACCCCCUUUGGUACUUACUACGCACAAUGAAUUUUAGCUAAGCUAUCACUAAUGAAAUUUCAACUCGACAAGAUUACGUCAUUUCGUUACCAGUCCCACGACAACUGUAUGGAGCCACCUUAAGCGCAGCGAAGUUACCCAACAUUGAACGUCGACCUACAUUUAAUUCAGCGGUCAUGGGGGCAUGUAAACAACGUUUCCUAUUCUCACAAUGUUCGUGUUUUUUUAAGGGAAAUUUGGAAGAGCAGAAAAGGCACUGUGAAAUGGCCGCGUAUUUCACGCAUUGUAAUCUCCAACCUGUACAUCAGAUUUUGACUCUGAGAACAGCAUUGAAUCUCUUUUUUAAGGUACAAAACCACGUUGAUAUUUUAUGUAAACAGCGCUGGUAGCUCACACUGCAGAAAUGUUAACAGUUGUAGGUCAAAGGAAAUUUAAUUAUUGUUCUCCAAUUUUAUUUAUUUGACUCCCACGACGAGACUACUGCAUACCAGGGCGCGUAUAUAGCCUCUUUUGCAAGGAGGGGUGCAGUUUUCCAUGGGGUGGUGCAUGAGGGUGCCUUACUGCACAGUCUGCAACGCUACUAUCACAACAUUACCAUUAUUUGAGAUGGCCGAAUCUGCAUCCCAGUCUCAUUCUGAUAACUGUAGAUUGUGAGGUUGAUUUUCUGUUGCCAUAAUAUCUUGAAUGGUUUCUUUAAUUUAGUUGAAGAACUACAAGACAGCUUCUUCCUUUGCUAGACGUUUAUUGGAGCUUGGACCACGCCCUGAUGUCGCUACACAGGUUUGUCAUUUGAAUUGUUGUUUUGUUUAGUACUACAGUGGUAACUACAUCUGGCUUUCACGUCUAUUAGACUUGCUCCUGUAGUAACACUGGAUCAGUAAGAGAUGAUCCUUACGGGACGUCUGGGGAGAAUAGUUUAGAACUGAUAGAGCUAUCUAGUAUAAAUAAAGUUAGUUUAGUUCAGUUUAGUUUAGUUUGCGUUUCCUCCUGUAGUAACACUGGAUCAAUAACAGAUGAUCUUUACUCGACCCCUCGAGAGAAGUGAUAAAGCUAUCCAAUAGAAAGCAAGCAAAUAUAGGACGAUAUUGGUGAAGCAAGGUAUACUAUAAUUAUCAUAUUUUAUUUAGACUCGUAAGAUCCUUCAAGCGUGCGACAAGAAUCCUACGGAUACACACGAACUCCUAUACGAUCCUCAUAAUCCAUUCACAAUCUGUGGCACCACGUAUAAGCCGCUGUACCGGUAAGUAGCUUGUGCUAGAUAUUCAGAUGAACAAUCUGAAUAGGUUUUGAAAAUCCCACUGUUCUCCGUGCCAUCCAGUCGUGAUCGAGUGAUCAAAAUGUUCCAUUGUGUUUUCAUUGUUUUUGAAAAUCCUACAGUUCUCCAUGCCAUCCAGUCAUGAUUCAGUGAUCAGAAUGUUCCAUUGUCUUUUCAUUGUUUUGAAAAUCCCACUGUUCUCCGUGCCAUCCAGUCGUGAUCCAGUUAUCAGAAUGUUCCAUUGUGUUUUCAUUGUUUUUGAAAAUCCUACUGUUUUCCAUGCCAUCCAGUCAUGAUUCAGUGAUCAGAAUGUUUCAUUGUCUUUUCAUUGUUUUGAAAAUCCCACUGUUCUCCAUGCCAUCCAGCCAUGAUCCAGUGAUCAGAAUGUUUCAUUGUCUUUUCAUUGUUUUGAAAAUCUCACUGUUCUCCAUGCCAUCCAGUCAUGAUCCAGUGAUCAGAAUGUUUCAUUGUCUUUUCAUUGUUUUGAAAAUCUCACUGUUCUCCAUGCCAUCCAGUCAUGAUCAAGUGAUCAGAAUGUUUCAUUGUCUUUUCAUUGUUUAUUUGUUUUGAAAAUCUCACUGUUCUCCAUGCCAUCCAGUCAUGAUCCAGUGAUCAGAAUGUUUCAUUGUCUUUUCAUUGUUUUCAAAAUCCCACUGUUCUACAUGCCAUCCAGUCAUGAUCCAGUGAUCAGAAUGUUUCAUUGUCUUUUCAUUGUUUUCAAAAUCCCACUGUUCUCCAUGCCAUCCAGUCGUGAUCCGGUGAUCAGAAUGUUCCAUUGUCUUUUCAUUGUUUUCAAAAUCCCACUGUUCUCCACGCCAUCCAGUUAUAAUCCCGUGAUCAGAAUGUUCCAUUGUUUUAAAAAUUCCACCGUUAUACUUUCAGGGGUAAGCCGCAAGAAAAAUGCGCAUUAUGUCAAGCCUCGUAUUUCCCAGAGUAUAAAGGAAAGCUGUGUAAUGUUUGUAAGGUAAGUUAUAGAGGUUGACAGAUUCGGUUAGCGCACGCGCUGAGCUGUACGUCUUAGUUUAUCAAGGGUAAAGGCACGAUUUCACCCUGCGAUUUUCGCGCACACACGCAAAAAUCUCGCAACUUGUAGCAAAUCGCCAACAACACACAUAAACACGCACAAGUUGUUACAGGUCUGCAGACAAGUUGUUACAAAUCUGUUCACAAGCUGUCGCUAGUUGUGUUCGCACUGCUUGUUCCCAGUUGUUGUAACAAGUUUGGAACAAGCUGUUGACAACUUGUAACAAGCUUGAUGAUAUUAUCAGACUUGUUACAAGGUUGUUCCAACAAAUCCGACACAGUCAUGAUAUAACAAUAAUGUUACAACCCUGUGUGGUCCAACAUAUAAAAUUCUUGUUAUAAUGUUAUAUUUUAUUGUAUUGUAUUGUAUAUCAUGACUGUAUCAGACUUGUUAGAACAACCUUGUAACAUUCUUGUUAUAUCAUGAUUGUAUCAGACUUGUUAGAACAACCUUGUCACAUUCUUGUUAUAUCAUGACUGUAUCAGACUUGUCAGAACAACCUUGUAUUACUUGUAACAUUCUUGUUAUAUCAUGACUGUAUGAAACUUGUUACAACAACCUUGUAACAUUCUUGUUAUAUCAUGACUGUAUCAGACUUGUUAGAACAACCUUGUAACAUUCUUGUUAUAUCAUGACUGUAUCAGACUUGUUAGAACAACCUUGUAACAUUCUUGUUAUAUCAUGACUGUAUCAGACUUGUUAGAACAACCUUGUAACAUUCUUGCUAUAUCAUGACUGUAUCAGACUUGUUAGAACAACCUUGUAACAUUCUUGUUAUAUCAUGACUGUAUCAGACUUGUUAGAACAACCUUGUAACAUUCUUGUUAUAUCAUGACUGCAUCAGACUUGUUAGAAAAACCUUGUAACAUUCUUGUUAUAUCAUGACUGUAUCAGACUUGUUAGAACAACCUUGUAACAUUCUUGUUAUAUCAUGACUGUAUCAGACUUGUUAGAACAACCUUGUAACAUUCUUGUUAUAUCAUGACUGUAUCAGACUUGUAAGUUAUAUCAUGACUGUAUCAGACUUGUAACCUUGUAAUUCUUGUUAUAUCAUGACUGUAUCAGACUUGUUAGAACAACCUUGUAAUAGUCUUGUUAUAUCAUGACUGUAUCAGACUUGUAAGAACAACCUUGUAACAUUUUUGUUAUAUCAUGACUAUAUCAGACUUGUUAGAACAACCUUGUAACAAGUCUGAUAAUGACAUCUAGCUUGUUCCAAAUUUGUUACAACAACUGGGAACAAGCAGUGCGAACACAACCUGUCGACAGCUUGUGAACAGAUUUGUAACAACUUGUUUGCAGCCCCACAACAAUUUGUGCGUUUUUACAUGUGUAGACUUAUUUACUGUCGUGUAUUUUUUAGGUUGCCGAAAUUGGAAAGGACGCGAUUGGAUUAAGGAUAAGCAUAAGUCAGUUUCGUUAAGAACAUACGGAAGGAUCCAAAGAUCUCACAAGAAAACGUAAACAGAAAGUUAAAACACGCAGACAACAAAUUAAAACACGCAAAGAACUGGACGAACACGUUAAAAGUUCAUUCAGAUUUAUCGUAGAAACACAAUACCGGUAAGCGGAUGUUGUGUGACUUAUUACUAUAAUAGAAAUAAAUUUACAAUUUUACUAUAAUAUGCGUUAGACGAACUUUUGGGUAAAAUGAAAGCUUGAUAGUAAAUUGUUUGUUUUGCUAAA